AUGGCUGAGAACAAGCCCGUCAUCGCCAUCGUUCCUGGCGGUUUCUGCAGUCCCGAAGUCUACCAGCCCGUUGCCAACAUUUUGGAGCAAGACGGGUUCAACGUCAUCAUCCCAAGAUUAACCGUCACUAAAACCCUCAUCUCCAAAGAUCCCGCAACCCCUGAGUUCAAAGAAUUGGCCAACAAGGGUCUGCUCGAUGACGUUGAGGAAAUCCACAGCCGUCUGGCUUCCGAGUUCGAACAAGGGUCAGAGGUUCUGAUCUUUGGGCAUAGCUACGGAAGUCUCCCUGCUCUACUCGCCAUCGAAGGGCAGACGAUUGCAGAACGCAAGGCUAAGGGACUUUCUGGUGGCAUUAAGGGAUAUGUCGCUGUAGCUGGGUUUGCAUAUGCACAGAGAGGGAAGAACGCCAGAGGCGACACGGAGCCAGCGCCGCCAAUGCCGUAUUUCGAGCACGAGGAUGGGGUCUUUCACAUGACAGAGGUCGCAAAGCCACUAUUCUUUAGCGAUCUUCCCCCCGAGAAGCAAGAUGAAGCUUGGAAGCUGGUCCUAGGAAGUCAAAGCCAGAAGAGUCUUGGCCACGUAUCGGACUUUAUCAACUCUGACGUCACGGUUCCCAAGACAUAUAUUUUGUGCGAAAAGGAUCAGACUGUUCCUCCAGAGUUACAGGAGAUGCUUAUUCAGGCUGGAGGUUUUGAGAAGGUAGAGAAGCUGUCGUCAGGUCAUUUUCCGUUUGUGAGCAUUCCUCAAGAGACGGCCAAGCUAUUUGCACAAAUUGCCCUGAGAUGA